CGAGCAGCCUGGAUUUACUGCACUGCAUGCCAAGGGGAUGAUCCAGCUCUGAGGCUCAGUCAUGGAGAGGAAAAUCCCUUGUAGCUCCUGGCUUAGUCUGCCUAUUCCCCAGCCUUCAGAAGCAAAGCACAGCCCCCAAAACCACAUGUCUUCUUCUGAGCCCAUCCUGGAUCUCAAGACAGACAUGGAAGAAGCACUUCCAGCCCACAGUGACCCCGAGGAGCCAAAACAAAACCAUGAGAUGAGGCACGACCCAGCUGGCCCCGGCGGUGGAGGUGACUUUGCAACCUCCGGCACGAGCAGCCGUGAUGAUCCCUGUCCAGCACCGACCACGGAUGAGACCCUCCCAGGCAGAGACCCCCAGUCAGAGGCGAGGGAUCCCAGCCCCACUGACCCCGUGCCAUGGCCAGAAGCUCCUGAGAAGUUCCCAGCCCGCCCCAACACCCUGGACUUCUCCAAGUCCCUGAAGAAGUUGGAGGAGGUGAAGCAGACAGGGCAGAGAAGAAACAGCAACCACGCGGCGGUGAAGGAGAACGGGGUGGAGGUCAGUCCCGCAGUGGCAGUGAGGAAGGAGAGGCAGGCGCUGGAGUCCGAGCUGGGGAAAUGCAUCGAGGACUUCCGGAAAAUCAAGAUCCCCGUCACCUUUCCCAACAAGAAGAGGCAGUGGCAGAGCGAGCUGCUGAAGAAAUACCAGCUGUGAGAGGAGACCUCGUCCCCCGGCCCAGCAGAGGAUGUCCUCCGGUUCAUUGAGUGUCUCCACCAAUGUCCCCUGGGUAGCGGGUGGCAGAGGCUGUCCACACUCCCAAAAUGAAGAGUGUAGGUUGCUCAUUGAGCCCAUCCAGCAACCAAAAGGGUUACAAGGCUGUGCCCACAACAGAGUGCUCCUUACCAUGGCCAUCAGGAGGGAUGCAUGAUACCCUCAGCAGCAUAGACAUAGGUGGAGGGGUGUAGAAAAAGGAAGGAGGUCUGGGGUGAAUGUUCAAGGCCAGAGCUACCAUCCAGCAGAAGCUCCCACCUUUAUGAGAAUGAAUUUUCUUGGCAUUUCAAAUAACAAAAUAUAGUUGGUGUCAAAAAUG